AUGAUGAAGCAGGUAGGAUCAACUGAAUAUGGUGAAAAGGCAAAAGCAGUUUUGGACAACUUAAAUCCGCACAAGUUCACCUCCCAAAUCCCAGUACGGUCUCAAGGGAACAGAAGGAAUAGCACCAAUACGGGCCUCACUGAUAUGAUAAAUAAAAGCAUUGACCGAAAUUCGUUAAAUGGGUCUCGAAAGAAAAUGCUGGUUACGGAUGUCAAUGAAGGCUUUCCUGGGGGCUUUCGACUCUCACAGAGGUAUUCGUCUCUUCCGUCCAAUAAUAAUACAAAUCAUAGUUUAGCGGGACUUACAGGCAGAAGCGACGGCCUAGGGUUGGGUUCCCAGCACGGAUCUUCAAAUAGGGAUCCGCGUCCCUUGAGAGAUAGAAAUUUCCAAAACGCGAUUCAACAGGAAAUUUUUGAUUAUCUAUCUCAACAUAGAUUUGAACUAGAGACAAACCUUCCCAUAUCAUUGAAGUUUUUGAAGCAACCAACUCAAAAGGGAUUUGUGAUCAUUUUCAAAUGGCUAUAUCUCAGGCUGGAUCCUGGAUAUGUUUUCUUAAAAUCUUUUGAACACGAAGUUUAUCAAGUACUCAAAACUCUGCAGUACCCAUAUUUGGAAACCAUAAAUAAGUCACAAAUAUCGGCAGUAGGAGGCUCUAGUUGGCCAAAGUUUUUAGGUAUGAUUCAUUGGUUGGUGCGAAUAAAUUUGAAAUUAGAUCAAUCGCUGAACAAAUUGGAUCAGAAUAUUAUUAAUCAAAAUACUCAAGAACUUACCAUUUUAAAUCAUCCCUUGAAAUCUUUGGAUGAACAGGAUCAAAAACAGGAAAAAUACGAACUAAUGGUUGAAAAAUUAUUUAUUGAGUAUGUGAUCGAUUCUUAUAAAUCUUUUUUGAAAUUAGAAGACGACUAUUCGCCUUAUAUGGAAGAAUUGCAAUUAGGAUUCAACAAAUUCACCCACAUAAUAGAAACAGAUAUUAGUAACUUAGGCGCUCAAAAUGAAAAAUUAUAUGUUGACUGUCAAGAGAGGGCAAAGAGAAAUGAGAAAAUUGGCAUCGCUACCGCAAAAUGUAAAGCUCUUAAGAGUGACUUGACGAAAUUUCAAAACUAUGUAAAUACUAUGGAAAGCAAGAGCCAUGAAUGGCCCACCAAGUUGGAAAAAAUGAAACAUGAGUCUUCAAGUAAAAAUGAACAAAUUUAUCAACUAGAGGAGAAAGUACACGAGUUAAAAGAUAUACUAUCUCGCAAAGGUGUUUCUAUGGCAUCAAUUGAUGAGAAAAUCAAAGUUAGAGAAACGAUUAACAGUGAAUUGGAUUCUACUUCUGAACAAUUGGAUCAUUUGGUUGGUCUUAUCAAGUCUGAAAGGCAUCAAACUGAAUCAAUAGCAGCAAAUAUGAUGUCAACAGUAAGGCAAUACAACUCUGCCAUUGUUAACCUCAUUAAUUCUUUCAAUCAGCAUGGUGAAAAUAUUGAUGAAUCACUUUUCAAAAUUAACAUACGUGAAGAUGUAUUGGAGGAAAAGACUGAGGCAAUCAAAUACGAUAGCCUACUGCCUCCCGGAUUUACUAUAAAAGAAACGCUGAAAGAAGACCUUUCAAAGCUGUAUCACCAUAUUGAAGGCAAAGUCAUCAAGGCUCAGGAGAAGAAUUCGUUCUUGGAGAAGCAUUUAAUGGAUCUUAGGGAGCUGAUAAACGAAAAAACUAACUACAUAGGUAGUCUGGAACUAGAGCUUUCAAAAGCAAACUCCGAUUAUGAACUGACCAUGCAGGAAAGUGAGAGCAGCAUGCUCUCACAAAAGAUUGAGAUUGAGAAGCUGAAAAAAAAAAUUCAAGACUCUCGAGACAUUGUUCAAGAAAAAGUUUCUGAAGCAGAGCAGCUUCUUGAAAACAAAAAGCUUCAAUACGAAGAAUUACUUCUAAAUGUAAAUAGACAGAGGAUAUCUUUGCAUGCCCAGGUUAUUGAGAUCAUUGAGUAUGCAAGCAAUUUUAAGAUCACUAUUCAGGGUAUGCUAGAAAAUGCGGAAAAUGAUAUUAAUAUGCAGAAUGCCGCCAUUGAACAAUAUUGA